AUGCCUAUACUCGCAGGAAAAGAGAUAUCUCACAAUGGCCUAGGUCUCAUGCGAAUGACCUGGCGCGGCGAGCAGACUCCCGACAGUAUUUCCUUUCCCGUCCUGAAAGCUGCUCUUGCAGCCGGAGUAAAUGUGUGGAAUGGCGCCGAUUUUUACGGUUCUUCGGAGAACAACUCCCUACAUCUUCUCGCACGCUACUUCGAAGCGUAUCCUGAAGAUGCAGAGAAAGUGGUUCUCUGUAUCAAGAGUGGCUUUGCGGAUAGGAAGAAAUUUACAAUGGAUUGUUCGCCAGAAGCUGUGUACAAAUAUGUUGAGAAUGCCAAUAAGAUUUUAGGUGGUUAUAAACAGAUUGAUCUUUUCGGCAUGGCUAGACAAGAUAAGGUUACACCAAUUGAGGAUACUGUCAGGGCUUUGGAUGAGUGCGUCAAGAAGGGUUUGAUCGGUGGAAUUCAAUUGAGUGAAGUCUCAGCCGAUUCCAUUCGUCGAGCUAGCGCAGUAGCAAAGAUCGACAUGCUCGAGGCGGAGAUAAGCUUGUGGGCUACGGAUGUCUUCGAGAACGGCGUCGCAGAAGCUUGUGGAGAAUUGGUAAUCGUGAUGGUUGCUCAUACACCACUUGGAGCCGGCAUGCUGACAGGUCAGUUCAAGAGUUUGGAUGAUUUGCCCGAGAGCGACCCUCAUCGCCACUUUCCCCGUUUCCAGCCGGAAAACUUUCACAAGAAUUUAGAACUGGUGGAAGAGUUAAGAAAGUUGGCGUUGGAUAAGGGCUGUACACCUGCACAGUUGGCGUUGUGUUGGAUCAAGUCGCAGAGCAAGAAGCCAGCCUAUCCUCUCAUUGUUCCAGUAUUUGGUGCCAGAUCUGAGUCUCGAGUUAAGGAGAAUACUACGGAGGUUGAAUUGACGGGCUCAGAUCUUGUUAAGAUCAAUGAGAUUCUUGCUAGCUUCCCGGUUCAAGGACAUAGGUAUCCAGCUGCGACGGCUUCUCUCUGUGAGUAUUAG